AUGGCGAAAAGCAAGGCAAAUUGUAAAAAACUCCAAGAGGCUCUCCAAAACUUGGGACACCCUGGACUGGAUGUUGGAAGCUGGAGGCCAGCAGGCAAGCUUCCUGGAGCAGAGCUGUUGGGACCCAGCAGCCACCCUGGGAGGGAGCAGCCCUGGCUGGGCUCCGUCUGCUUCACGCAAGGGCUGCUCGGCCAGUUUAAUCCAGUGGCACUUUGGCUGCCUCACAAGGGCAUUUCCAACAGGGCCCGUGGACAGUUAGAGGUCAGAGGCGGGGAGGGCGUGGUGGAAGAGGAGGGGCAGGGAGACAGGUGCAGGGGCGUUUACCUGGUCAGCAGCACAGGAGCUAAGAAAGCCAGGCAAACUCCAGAGGACGACGACAGGCUGUGGAGAGCGACAGGAGAGAAACCCUCGCAGAGGCCAAGAGGGCUGCAGCACCCAGCCUGCUCGCCCCCAUCGCUGAAUCGGCCCUUUUCUUUUAUCCCGAGGGCCCUGCAGAGACUGAUGGGGCAGGUGGACACAGAAGGGGGAUCCAAAACCCGGAAGGGGGAAGGGGGAUUCGAGGAGGAGGGCAGAAUUCUGGUUCUGGAGAAAAACUGGAGACCUUGGCCGAAAGCCCGGAGGCGGGUUCAAGGCUGCCUGGAGUGGGUGAAGCGGCAGCUGUUCCGGGUGGGGGACGACUGGUACUUCCUUUUUGCCCUGGGGGCCCUGAUGGCUCUUGUCAGCUUUGCCAUGGACUUCACUGUCUCCAGGGUGGCAAACGCUCACAAAUGGCUUUAUCAAGAAGUCGGUGACUAUCCGGUGCUGAAGUACCUGGCCUGGACGAUUUACCCCGUUGCCUUGUCAGCUUUUUCCACCGGCUUUGCCCAGAGCAUCACCCCACACUCGGGAGGUUCCGGCAUCCCAGAGCUCAAGACCAUCCUGACAGGGGUCCUGCUGGAGGAGUACUUGGCCAUAAAGAAUUUCGGGGCCAAAGUCGUGGGGCUGACCUGCACCUUGGCCUGUGGCAGCACCAUCUUCCUGGGCAAAGUGGGCCCUUUCGUCCACCUCUCCAGCAUGAUUGCGGCCUACCUGGGGAGAAUUCGGACCUCGGUCUCUGGGGAGUACGAGAAUAAAAACAAACAGAACGAGAUGCUGGUGGCAGGAGCAGCGGUUGGUGUGGCAACGGUCUUUGGGGCACCCAUCAGUGGGGUCCUGUUCAGCGUGGAGGUCGUGUCAUCCCACUUCGCAGUCCGGGACUACUGGAGGGGCUGCUUUGCCGCCACCUGCGGCGCCUUCCUGUUCCGCCUCCUCGCCGUCUUCAACAGUGAACAAGAAACCAUCAUGGCUCUGUUCAAGACCAGCUUCAAGAUCGAUUUCCCCUUCGGCCUGCAGGAGACUCUCUUCUUCAUGUUCUUGGGCAUAGUCUGUGGGGGCGUCAGUUGCGCCUUCCUCUUCUGCCAGCGCUGGUUCCUGGGCUACGUCCGAAGGAAUUCAUUCACGGCCAAGCUCCUUGCUUCAGAGAAGCCCCUUUACUCGGCCCUGGUUGCCUUCCUGCUCUCCUCCAUCACCUUCCCCCCGAGCUUGGGGCAAUUCAUGGCUUCCAGGCUGAGCAUGAAGGAGCUUCUCACCUCUCUCCUUGACAACCGCACCUGGGGCGUCCUUUCCCAGAAUGCGUCACUGGACUGGCCUCUCCAAGUCGAUCCCCAGGAUCUCUGGCUCGAGUGGUGGAACCCACACGCCACUGUCUUGGGCUGCCUGGUGGUUUUUCUGGUGAUGAAGUUCUGGAUGCUGAUCUUGGCUACCACCAUGCCCAUGCCUGCUGGAUAUUUCAUGCCCGUCUUCAUCUACGGCGCUGCCCUUGGCCGCUUGGUGGGAGAGGCCAUGGCCUUUCUUUUCCCCAAGGGUGUAACUUCGGAGGGAGCCACUAGUUUCAUCAAUCCUGGAGGCUACGCGCUGGCAGGGGCAGCCGCUUUCUCCGGAGCAGUCACCCACACCCUCUCCACUGCUUUGCUGGUCUUUGAAAUGACGGGGCAGAUUGCCCACAUCUUGCCCGUCACCCUGGCAGUCCUCAUUGCGAAUGCCAUCGCACAGAAGUCCCAGCCCUCCUUCUAUGACGGCACCAUCAUCGUCAAGAAGUUGCCCUACCUACCCCGUAUCCGGAGCAGACACAUUGGCUCCUACAAGGUCACCACACAAGAGUUCAUGAACACUGAAUUCAUUGCCCUGCCUAAGGACGCCUCUUUCCAGGAGACCCUCCGAAUAGCCACCUCUACAGAUGACCUGGAGUAUCCAGUUGUUGACAGCACGGAAUCUCGGAUGCUGGUGGGAAUGGUGCAGAGAUCGGAGGUGAUCAAGUUUCUCCAGACCAAGGAGGACAACGGCAGCACCCCCCACAAGGAGCAUGGGGAGGAGACUUGGCCCAAGCAGUCUUUGGGAGACAGUUGCACCAUCGACCCAGUCACUCUGCAGUUGUCCCCGUGGACGUCCCUGCACCAGGCACACAACCUUUUUGAGUUGCUGAAUUUGCAGAGGGCAUUCGUCACCCAACUAGGAAAGAUAGUGGGGGCUGUCUCCAGGAACGAGAUAAGAAAAGCCAUCGAAGACCUGGCAAAUCCCAAAGUGGCAAAGUAAGACGGAGGGCUGCCUUCCCAGCUGCCAGCAAGAGGCCAGCAAACAGCAGACAGGGCAGCAACAUCCCAAGCGAUGAAUGCAGGAAGCGGAUGAUGUGCGCGACGAUAAGAAGCUGUCCAGCUCUGUUUCCAAACCUCUCCCUUCUCCCCUGAGAGCAGGGAGUCCUAGUAUGUGCUGGAUUAAAUCAGUUUCUGAACAUUUAGAUUACA